GAGCUAGUUCGAGAAAGAAUCAUACAGAAAAAGAUUAACAAUAAACUUGCUACCAUUGAAAAAAUGUAAUACAGGUGUACAAACUGAGCGAACGAGUCGAUUUUCGUUGAGGGACAGUUUUUUGCAAGUUAAUUUCGCCACGUUGUAACUAAAUAAUGAGGACAUUGGGCGAAAACAUUGGCUGAUUAUCGUAAUAAUACAUCGAAUGACAAAUUGUGAAGUGAUUAUUGUGACUAUCGUGCUGAGGACAGUGGUUUUCUUUGAAAGUGUGCUCGCAGAAAAGCUACCUAGCCAAAGGAGGCCCCCUUACAGAAGAUGCCUCGAUCUGCUACCUGGGUGGUGGUGAUCGCUCUCCUCCUAGCUGCUUCCAACCACUCUCAUGGAGAACCCAUGCCCCCCGGACCCCCCAUGAUGGGGCCACCCAUGCUAGGACCCCCAAUGAUGGGGCCUCCCAUGUCCCCAGGACCACCUAUGAUGGGACCUCCAGGGGGCAUGGCAAUGUCAGGAAGCAGCAUGUCAAAAGGCUCGUCCAUGAGAACUCAAACAACAUCUAUAAAAAAACAACAUAUUCAAGCUCUAGCUCCAGUUCUAGUUCUUCAUCCAAAUCAUCAUCAUCAUCGUUGAAUUCAGGAAUGAGUGCUGGUGGAGGUAUGGCAUCACAUGCGGCCAUGAUGAACGGGGCUGAUAUGAUGGCCAAUGGAGGAAUGAUUGAUCAUCAUGAAAUGAUGAAUGGGGGGCAUUUUAUUACAACUCCCCCUGUCUUUGAUCAUCAUGAUAUGAUGGAUGGUGGUCAAAUAGUUGAUCAUCAUGUAGUGGUUCAUCAUCAUCAAGUGACUGAACAUGAAGGGAUGGAACAUGAUGGAAUGGAACAUAUGAUGGAUGGAGGACACAUGAUGUCUGGUGGAACAACAAUGACUGGGGGAGAAAUGAUGUCCGGUGGAACAACAAUGACAGGAGGAGAAAUGAUGUCUGGUGGAACAACAACAAUGACAGGAGGGGAAAUGGUGUCUGGUGGAACAACAACAAUGACAGGAGGGGAAAUGAUGGCCAGUGGAACAACAAUGACUGGAGGAGAAAUGAUGUCUGGUGGAGCAACAAUGAUGACUGGAGGAGAAAUGAUGGCCGGUGGAGCAACAACAAUAACAGGAGGAGAAAUGAUGUCUGGUGGAGCAACAAUGACUGGAGGAGAAAUGAUGUCUGGUGGAACAGCAAUGACAGGAGGAGAAAUGAUGUCUGGUGGUACAACAAUGACAGGAGGAGAAAUGAUCUCCAGUGGAACAACAACAAUUACAGGAGGAGAAAUGAUGUCUGGUGGAGCAACAAUGACUGGAGGAGAAAUGAUGUCUGGUGGAACAACAAUGAUGACUGGAGGAGAAAUGAUGUCUGGUGGAACAACAAUGACAGGAGGAGAAAUGAUGGCCGGUGGAGCAACAACAAUUACAGGAGGAGAAAUGAUGUCUGGUGGAACAGCAAUGAUGACUGGAGGAGAAAUGAUGUCUGGUGGAACAACAAUGACAGGAGGAGAAAUGAUGGCCGGUGGAGCAACAAUGACUGGAGGAGAAAUGGUGUCUGGUGGAACAACAAUGACUGGAGGAGGAAUGAUGUCUGGUGGAACAACAACAAUGACUGGAGGGGAAAUGAUGGCCAGUGGAACAACAAUGACUGGGGGAGAUAUGAUGGCCGGUGGAGCAACAAUGAUGACAGGAGGAGAAAUGGUGUCUGGUGGAACAACAAUGACUGGAGGAGAAAUGAUGUCUGGUGGAACAACAACAAUAACAGGAGGGGAAAUGAUGUCUGGUGGAACAACAACAAUGACAGGAGGAGAAAUGAUGUCCGGUGGAACAACAAUGACAGGAGGAGAAAUGAUGUCUGGUGGAACAACAAUGACUGGAGGAGAAAUGAUGUCUGGUGGAACAACAACAAUGACAGGAGGAGAAAUGAUGUCCGGUGGAACAACAAUGAUGACUGGAGGAAAUGUUAUGACUGGAGAUCCAGCAAUGAUGGGAGGAGAUCUGAUUACUGGUACAGCAGUGACUGGAGGAGAUGUGAUAACUGGAGGUACAACAAUGACUGGAGGAGAUUUAUUGUCCCAAGGUGGAGUUGGAAUACUGUCAAAUGGGGUCUCUAAUGGAGGAAUAAAUGUUGGGGUUUCAAACACUCUAACAACGGCCUCUUCUAAAAGCUAUUAUAUGCAAUAUUUAGCUCGGAGAAUGCAGCAGAGACUCAUAACCCAGAUGCUGCAUUAUCAAAUGUUCAGAAAUCUGAUGGCGUCCGAUAGAAUGGGCUCAGUCAUGUCUUACGCCAUGAAUCCUGGAAGACCGAAAAUUCUGAUCCCGGCUGUACUGACAGGGAGUGUGAUGGCGCCUCUUAUGAUGAUGCCAAUGCUUACAUACACUCACAGACUCAUGCAGCAGCGCUACUACAGAAAAAAGUAUAACAGGCAUCGAUAUUACCAAGUAAUGGACAAUGUGGUUCCCCACAUGUCACCAGGAAUGAUGAACUACAUGCAAAACGGCUACACGGGCAAAUACUUCAACAACUACUUCAUGUAUCGAAAUGGGCACCAGACCUCCACAACUCAGACACUACAGAAGAUUCUCACAACCCAAUACUACUAUGCACUCAUGAACCAAUACAAGCCUUGGAUGAUGGCAAAUGGAGGACUGUCAUCACUUAUGGGUAAUCCUGAGCAUAUGAUAGCAAGUCUACAACAGUCCACCGGGCUUCCACUCAUGACGACUUACCAUCAAAUGAAUCAGCAUAGAAAGUCCAUGAUGAAUCAAUACAUGUCUCAUGGUUUCCCUGGUUUAUUAGAAUAUCCAGCAGCCCUUGUAACACCAUCACAGUUAACUAGAUUGAUCAAUCGUUAUCAAGUGAAGAGCUAUAGAAAGUAUAUAAAGAAAACAGGAGUAUACAGCAAUGGUAUAAGUGUAAUGGGUUAUCCAAUCGGUCCCAAUUAUCCCAUCUCAACACUACUAUCACCUAUAAAUAAUAUAUUGAAUUAUCCGAUAAACCCAGCUAGUAUACCAUUCAUGGGAUAUUUGAGUAGUUCACAAAUGAUUGAAAGAAUCAUAAGGCAACAACAAAUUCAGAAAUAUUAUAGGUAUUUGAUAAAUAAUCAACUAACAGGAAACUCACUGAACUUUAUGAACCAUCCAAUCAAUCCUUAUUAUGUAACCCAAUCAAUUAUGAAUUCACCUUAUGUAUCUAGUUAUGUUCAUCAUCAAAGAAUGAAAUUAUAUAGAAACUAUAUAACUAUCCUACAAACUUUAGACCACUAUGAACGAAUGUUCUACUAUGCAAGACAAUCUUACAAUAAUAGGGGUAUUCUUGGCAUGCUAGGUUAUCCAAAUGUACCCAUAAACAAUAUUCCAAUAAUACAUAACAUUUUAGCAUCGCCUCUUAUUAGCAAUCUGCCAUUCUUAAACUCUCCAUUGAUGGCAGGGUUGAUGUUCCUGAAUCCUAUGUCACCAGUAUCACCUACCUCUUUAUUCAUUAAUAAUAUGAUGAACUAUUACCAAAGAAAGACAUACAGAAAAAUUAUGAAAUACAGGAAAUAUACAAGCAACUAUCAAAUAAAGAAAUACCGGAAGUACAUGAGUAAUUAUCAAACAAAUAUAUACAGGAAAAACAUUGCUAAAUAUGGUAUUUUGGGUGGUACUCUUGGCAUGCUAGGUGAUACUCUUAGUAUGAUGGGUUAUCAAACUAAUGGGAAUAGUUUACUUGGUAAUACUGUUGGUAUGAUGGGAUACCCAACUGGCCCCUUUGGACCAAUGACUAACACUCCAUUCAUGAACAAUAUGAUGAGUUAUCAGCAAACACAGACGAAUGGAAUAUAUUCAAAUCAAUAUGGAGGUUUGGGUAGUGCUUUUGGGAGUCAAAUGUAUAACAACAAUAUGAUGCAGUAUAGAAAAUACAUGACAACUGCUUUAUUACAGACAGUAAUGAAUAUGAUGGGUUAUCACAUGGGUCUUAUGUCACCUAUGGGACCAAUGAGUAACUUACCGUUCAUGAAUAAUGUUUUGCAAUAUUAUCAAAUGAGAAUGUUUAGGAGAUAUAUAAUGAAUAGAUUAUUCGAAAGCAUUUUUAGACAGGAGUAUAUGAGGCAUAACUAUUAUCAAAUGAUGAAGUACCAGAAAUUGAUGCAUAACUAUUAUCAAAUGAUGAAGUACCAGAAAUUGAUGCAUAACUAUUAUCAAAUGAUGAAUUACCAGAAAUUGAUGCAUAACUAUGGAUUAGUUAGUGGUACCCAUGGUACAAUGGGCUAUCUUAUGAGUAUGAUGGGAUAUCCAAUAAGUCCAUUCUCACCCUAUGGAUCAAUGGCUAGUUUCUUGACCAUGAGAAAUAUGAUAAAUUACUAUAGAAUGUGGAGAUAUAGAAGACAUAUGAGCCACUUGGGUGCAAUGAGUGGAACAGUUGGUAUGUUGGGAUAUCCACUAAGUCAUUUGGGAUUAUACAGUGGAUUACCAUUUUUGGGAAAUGGAAUGAACUAUCAUAAUAUGGUUCAUAAUGGUUUUAUCAGUCAUGCUAUGAGUAUGUUGGGAUAUCCAAUAAGUCAUUUAGGAUUAUACAGUGGAUUACCAUUUUUGGGAAAUGGAAUGAACUAUCAUAAUAUGGUUCAUAAUGGUAUUAUCAGUCAUGCUAUGAGUAUGUUGGGAUAUCCAAUAAGUCAUUUAGGAUUAUACAGUGGAUUACCAUUUUUGGGAAAUGGAAUGAACUAUCAUAAUAUGGUUCAUAAUGGUAUUAUCAGUCAUGCUAUGAGUAUGUUGGGAUAUCCAAUAAGUCAUUUAGGAUUAUACAGUGGAUUACCAUUUUUGGGAAAUGGAAUGAACUAUCAUAAUAUGGCUCAUAAUGGUAUUAUCAGUCAUGCUAUGAGUAUGUUGGGAUAUCCAAUAAGUCCAUUCUCACCCUAUGGAUCAAUGGCUAGUUUCUUGACCAUGAGAAAUAUGAUUAAUUACUAUAGAAUGUGGAUAUAUAGGAGACAUAUGAGCCACUUGGGUGCAAUGAGUGGAACAUUUGGUAUGUUGGGAUAUCCACUAAGUCAUUUGGGUUUAUACAGUAGAUUACCAUUCUUGAUGAACCUGUAUCAAAUGAUGAUGCACAGAAACCACAUGAGUAGUUCUCAAUCUUAUUAUGGGAUGAAUCCAUACCAAUAUUAUAUGGGGCCAUACAAUAUGGGAUCUUAUUACAAUUCAUAUUUGAAUGCAAUGAUGAAUGGCAUGCGAUAUGGAAUGAUGAUGAAACGUUCAUCAAAUACAAAAAUGCUGGAGCCCAAUUUUUGGGACAAUGUUGAAUUUGAACAAUCUUUGGACGAUAAUGAACUAUCUAGAACAACACGAGGGUUGUUGAUGUUUCCUUUGAAAGUGGCAAAAUUUAUGAUGUUGAAGUUGCCUUUGAAAGUGGCAAAAUUUAUGUUGUUGGGGAUUCCUUUGAAAGUGGCAAAAUUUAUGAUGUUGAAGUUGCCUUUGAAAGUGGCAAAAUUUAUGUUGAGGUUUCCUUUGAAAGUGAUAAAAUAUCUAUUAGACAGAACUAUUUUUGGGACUAUAAAGGCUGGGUACACAGGGUACAUGGGAGGUGUGCGAAGUCUGCUAACUCCUAAAAACUUGAUGACCAUCGUGUUGACAGGUGGCUCUUCAGCUAGUUUAAUCCUUGCAGGAGCAGCAGCCAGUAUUCUGACAGCAGCUACUUUGAGUUGUAUGCUGAGUGGUGCUUCAGGGUUCUAUGGUGGUUUGAACAGUUUAGGGAUGAACUAUAAUAGCGAUGGUAUGUAUCGAUCUGGUUUGUACAAUGGUCUAAGAAAUGUGGCAAGUUAUAAGACACUCAGAAAGAACGGUAUUAUAGGAACAUGGGUGGGUCUGAUGGGUGCUAUGACUGGAGGUUUUGUAGGUGCCGGGUAUGGUGGAGUCAGUGGUGCAUCUUCGGCUUUGUUUGGAGGAUGGAGAAAAUACCGUAAGAAAUACAAACAUUACCGUCCAAAAAGAAAUACACUAAUACUAUAUAAAUAAAAAAUUCCUCCAUAUUCAAUCAGCAUUAGAAGUGUCAAUUACAUGAAGAGCAGAACUGCUCUAAAUUCUUAUUGUUCUUGACUUGCUUAGUGAAUAAUUUACUGUUUCCAUCGAAGACCACAUAAAUCUAAGUAAUCAAUCAAUUUCUCUUCAAUAGAAGUAACAAAUAAAACAAAAAUAAGGUAACACAGUACUGGGCAUGUAUAAAAAAAUCAAUACCAGAUGAUUGAGAAAUUCAAUCCUAUUCAAUCAGCAUCAAAGAAGUAAAUUUUAUGAAGAGCAACUGCUAUAAAUUCAGUUUGUUCUUAUUUACUUGUUUAGUAAAUAUAUCACUGUUCCCAUCCAAAACCACAGAACUCAAAGUAGAUCAGUCUUUUCUCUUCUACAAUAGGAGUAAAAAAUAAUAAAAAACUAAGGUAAAACUGGGCAUGUAAAAGAAAUCUUAAAGUUGUGAUUCUGUUAACAAAUAUUCCUCAAGAAUAUGUAUAUCUAGCAUUAAAAUGAUAUGAGUACA